UGGAAAUAAAUUCAUUUCUAUAUUUAUAAAUGAAAAAUAUAAUUCUGUGCUCUCUCCUCUAUUCCAACCAUACCAUAAAAUCAAUUUAAUUCGCGCGAAUAUCAAAAAAACAAAAAUAAUAUCAACAAAUAGCAAAAACCAACACCCACACACCAUUAACGAAAAACACACACAUUGACGCCAUUAUUUGUUGUAAUCCCUGGCUUUUGUUAUUAACAUUAUUAUUUGACUUUUAUUUGAUUUGGUUUUGUUCCAUCUUAGCACCUAACAUUCUAUCGCUAACGAAUCGAAAGUGAAAGCUAACAACUCGCGAUCGUCGACGAGUUAUGCUAAUGAUGAUGAUGACAAAAAACAGUCAGCAGCAACAAAAGUAUCUACCAUUGGGUCGAGCAAUGUGAAACGGAUAAGCGGAUAAACGGAUAGACCGAUAAGACCAAGCAUAAAGAGGAAAACAAAAACACUUUUCAAUACACAUCAAUACAUGAGCAGCCGCAGCAGCAGCAGCAACAAAUUGGCCACAAUGCGUCUGCAGCAACGAUAUAGUCCAAAUACAGCAACAGCAGCGGCAACAAAGGCAGCCCAGACAAUUGCCAAUAGCAACAACAAUAACAACAACAACAACAACAACAACAAUAUUAGUAAUAAUAACAUAAGCAACAACGGCCACAACAAUACAAGUCGAAACAACAAAAUUAACAAUCAGCGUGCCAAGAAAUUGAACCUCAACAUCGGCAACAACAAAUCGCAAACAACAACAACAACAGCCUCACCAGCAAGAGGCACAAUGCCCCCCUCGAUCCCUGCGCCCAUCCAGACCAUACUAAUGGAUAACGAUGGAAUUACCGCUGCUCCAGCUGACGAAAACCCCAUCGGAGAGACCACCACAGCCGUGGAGUUGCGAUCGUCGGCAAGUUCGCAUUAUCGUGCAUAUACAACAUUGCGCAGCAAUUCGACCUCCGCCAUUCUGGCUGAAGCUGGCCUGCCCCUGGGCCCCAUGGGCGAUCAUGGCUCCAGCAGCAUACUCUAUGCCCGACCCCGCACCCUCAAUGUCCAUAAUGUAUGCCAGACGCCAGCGCAGAUAACACAAUUGUUUUUUGGAGAAAUCCUGAAUGCCUGGCGUGCUAAAGCUCGAUGCAAUGUUGUGCCCGAUGACCGAACACACGAGCUCUUCCAAGAGCUAAGUUUCCAUCCCAGCCAAAAGCAAAUCAGCGAAAUGUUGCAAACCGCCAAAAAGGUGGCCCGCAAAAGCAGUGGACAGACAAAUGGUCUAACAUUUGGACAAUUUUGUGUCUUGGCAGCAGAUUUGAAACGUUUCCGUGCUUCAUCGAUUUCGUCGAAUACAUCAUCAACUACCUACAGUGAAUACAAGUACCAGCCACUCGUAAACUCUCUCGAUCAUGACGAAGCCAGCAAUAGCAGCAGAGCAGCUGAAACGGCCGCCACAAGCUCCUCUGGCGCAACUACCUCCUCGACAUCUGCUGCCAAUGCCAGCAUCUACAACAACAAGAAACCGGAAAAUUAUGGCACAGAGCUUCGUAGUACAAAAUCGUUCAGCAGUGUCGAUGAUACCAAGAAAAAGAAGAACGCCAAUAAUGAACCAGUCGAAGUAUUUCUGGGUGGCUCCUGUAAUCCCACCACUUGGCGAGCAGAUGUGGCCAUCCCCGCCCUGAAGGAACUGGGCAUUUCAUUCUAUAAUCCUCAAGUAUCCGAUUGGACUCCCGAUCUCAUUGAACUCGAGCAUCGCGCUAAGGAAAAGGCCCGCGUAUUAUUCUUCGUUAUGGAUUCGGAAACACGCGCAUCUGCUGGUGCCAUCGAGGCGGCACACAUAGCGGGUCAAAACUGCAAGCAGCUAGUGUUGGUUUUGCAUCCGUAUAAACCAAAUCAGAAAAUAUUAAACGAGCCUAUUUCGCAGCAAGAAUACCUCGAUUUAUAUCGUAAUCAAUUGAUACUUAAGGAGCUGGUCUCCCGUCGCGGUCUGCCAGUGCUGGACAAUAUUCCUCUGGGUUUGCAACGAACCAAGGAAAUACUAUCUGGCAUUAGGGAUCCCCCGUCCAAGAUAUCUUCUAUCCUAGAUACUGUGCGUGGUGCCUUCGAUCGUGUCAAUCCCCAAAGCGGUCUCCUCACUGUGGAACAGUGCAAACGUGCUCUCUUAUUCUUAGGCUACGCUCAGAGUUUAGUUAAUUUAGAUAAUUUAACAAAGAUUAUAAUUAAUCAACGCGAAUCAUUGAAACUGCUACAAAAGAACAGUGAAAAGCCACUGUUGCCGGACACGGAUGACACGGCGGAUGACGAUCAUCACCAUUCUUGCGGCAAUCCACCCAUUCAACCUAACCAGGAGCUCAUCGAUUUCGACCUCUUCUGCAUCAUAUCGGCAUAUCUGUCGGUGCUGCAGCAGGAGAUCCACGAGAGCGGCUGCAUAUCGCCCAUCAAGGGUACCAAUGUGCCACCGCCCCAAGUGUACUUCACCAAUGCUCCCGAUGUCGAUAUUUAUUUCUCGGCCAAUAAGAAUAUCUCCCGCACGUCGAGCAAUGGAAGUGUACCCUCCAAUAGCAGCAGCGGCAUUGGCCAUGAUCUGGAGCAGUUGAGUCGCAACCGUGAUAGUGGCACCUCAUCGCCCCAGCCAACGACAACGGCAGGCCUGGGUAAAAGCGCCAAGCCCCAGAUCUUAGUGAACGUCGAAUCCAUAGAAACAACCGAAAUAAUCACCACGAAGACGAUAGAGACGAAGCCCACUACGCCAGGAGUGACAGCGGUGCCCUUUGUGCCCACCAUGGAGGAGGAGGAGAGCGAUUCCAGUGACUCGCUGUUCUCCAACAGCAGUUCCAGUUCGCUCUGUUGUCCUGGCAUCGCUGGUGGAGCAGGAUUGGAUCUGCGCGAUGUCUAUUUGGGUGGCAGCUGCGUCAUCCGCACCAAGUGGCGUCAAGAAUUGGCAGUCCCCUAUCUGCAGGCCAAUGGCAUCAGUUUCCAUGCGCCCGCUCUCCACGAGAGCAUACAGCAGUUGGCCAAUGUCAACCAGGAAGUCGGCUCCGAAGCGAGUACUAAUCUGCAGGAGCAGCAGCAGCAGCGCUCCUUCAUUCGCACACGCAGAAAGUGUCGCGGCAAUCAACUGCAGCUGGAAGAGCAGGAAGAGCUGACUGUGGCCGAGGAGUCGCUCAGCUGGUCCCUGCCGCCCGUUGCAGUGCGUCAGUCGCUGUACAACCCCGCGCUGUUGGACUCAAGUCGCGUGCUGCUCUUCGUCAUCACCAAUGAGACGCGAUCCCUGGCGCCCAUGACCCUGGCCGCCCAUUGCAUUGGUCUGAUGUACAACGUGGUGCUGGCCGUGCAGAUGCUGCCCGAGGAUUGUGUCCUGGGUGGUGAGAAGCUUACUGUGGCCGCCAUUAAGGACUACAAUCGUGGACGUUCCUAUCUCAUCGACCUGGCCAAGCGACAGGGUGUACCCGUAUUUAACGACAUCCGUGCAGCCCUCCGAUGCACAGUGGCCAAAGUGCAGGCCUACAACAACCGCGAUCGCUGCUAAUCCGUACCUGUUUUCUCCUUGAAACUUUUCGUACUUCUUUUAUUUCCUACAAAGUUGCAGCCCAUGACAAUUUAAGCUAUAAACUUAUAUAAUCCUAUGCAUACAUAUACGUAACAUUUUUUAGUAAAAUCUAUGUUUGUUUCUUACGCCUAUCCCCUAACCUGAAAGAAAAAGAGCAAAAACUUACUUAAACUGUGUCUAAAAGUGUAUUCUGUGCUAAAUUUAAAUGUUAUUACUACGCGUCCUACCCUUUCGGCUUAAUGCAUGAAAAAUACAUACAUAAUGACCUUAUAAUGACUUUAAAUCUAUUCACACAAGUGACGUCGCCCAGAAAGCGCAUUUGAGAAGCAACAAGAAUUGUCUUAUUGCUAGUUAAAGCCCUAAGCAUGCUUAUUAAAUAUUUAUUUACAAUCUGCAUCCAUAACCGAUCACUCGAUAAAUGUACAUAUACAUAGAUAUAAUAUAUAUAUAUACUUACAUAUAUUCAUGCCACAACAAAACACGCAGCAGCAGCAUAUAGAAUUUUAGUUACUUAAUAGUAAAGAGGAGUACAUAUUUUAUACUUACAAUUAGCGAGCAUUAAACAUUUAAACUACGAAAUUCAUACAAAUAUAAGUGUAUACAUUACAGACACACAUACAUACAUACAUACACACUACCCACAUGCAGUGCUAGUUUUGCACUCUAGUAGUAGUGAUCCACUGUACCAGCUUGCUGGUCAACAAAUAUCUCAAUAAACAAUUUUUUCUAACAUA